AAUUAUUAACAGCCCCUGGGCUGGAGGCACUGGUGGGGCAGCAGCUCAGAGUGUGCCCCCAGGCCCUGCGAUGGCACAGUCCCCCAGGCUUCUCGCCCCUCUCAGGCUGGGGCUGGCAGCAUUACGCUGGCGCCCCCUCGGAUGGGGCAGGGGGCUCAGUACCUCCCCCACGCCAGGGACCCGGCUCGACCUGCGGGGCAUCUUCCCCCCGCUCACCACCCCUUUCACAGCCCAGGUGGAGGUGGAUCACAGCCAGCUGGAGGAGAACCUGCACCGCUACGCCACGGUCCCCUUCCGAGGCUUUGCGGUGCAGGGCUCCAGCGGGGAGUGCCCCUACCUGACGCCCCAGGAGCGGCUGGCCGUGGUGAGCCGCGUGCGCCAGGCCGUGCCCAGGGACAAGCUUCUGCUGGCCGGGUCGGGCUGCGAAUCCACGCAGGGCACCAUUGCGAUGACCGUGGGCAUGGCCGAGGCGGGCGCUGACGCCGCGCUGGUGGUCACACCCUGCUACUACCGGGGCGCAAUGACCAGCGCGGCCCUGAUCCACCACUACAGCCAGGUGGCAGAUGCGUCGCCGAUCCCCGUGGUGCUGUACAACGUCCCAGCCAACACCGGCCUGGAGCUGCCCCUGGAGGCCGUGCUCACCCUGUCACAGCACCCCAACAUCGUGGGCCUCAAGGACAGCGGGGGGGAUAUUACCCGGCUGGGGCUGAUUGUCCACAAGACCCGGACAGAGGAGUUCCAGGUGCUGGUGGGGUCGGCUGGCUUCCUGCUGGCUGGCUACGCCAUAGGUGCCUGCGGGGGGGUGUGUGCCCUCGCCAACGUGCUGGGAGCCCCGCUCUGCCAGCUGGAGCGCCUGUGCCAGGAGGGACGCUGGCAGGAGGCCCGGGCUUUGCAGCUCCGGCUCAUUGAGCCCAACGCAGCGGUCACCCGCAAGUUUGGGAUCCCGGCGCUCAAGCAGGCCAUGGAGUGGUUCGGGUACUACGGCGGGCCCUGCCGUGCCCCCCUGCGCCCGCUCAGCGAGGCCCAGCUGGAGGAGCUGCACAGAGACUUUAGCAUCAAUGGCUGGCUGUGAGGAGGGAGGGGAAUGGGGGUCCUUACUCCUCCCCCCUCACUUGCAUCCUCCCUCUCUCUCUGCUUCCCCAGGAGUCCCCAAGCCCCCCAUGGCACCCAGCCUCCUCCCCAGGGCAGGAAUGCAGCCCCCACCCAGCCCCAAACCUUGCUGCCUGACACCUAGAGCUGGCCAAGAGGGCACAGACCUUCCCCCCACAAGCCCCUUGCCACGGGGCAGAGCCGACCCCCAGGCCUCAGUGAUAUGGUGGAUUCCCAGGUCCCUCAAGCCCCCCACCCAGAGAGGCCUGGCUGGGCUUCCUGCCGGCUCGGCCCCCUCCCACGCCCCAGGCUGCUCUGCUCUCAGGGCCACAUUCACCCCUGGCCACCAGGGCAUCUGGCUCAGCCCCUGCUCUGGGACAGGCCCGGGCACCAGGGCCCCGCAGGGGCGUGGGAUUAGUCAGGAAGGGAAACGCCCAUUGCAGGCCAUGGUUCCUGGUGGGGUGGCGGGGUGGACCCGGCGCAGGGGGCAGCCCAGCUCGACUUUCACUAGCUAACAUGGUGCCAGAGGCACUGCCCCAGCCCCUAACCCCCGCACUGCCCGAUGCUGUCGCUCUCGGGAGAACCAUCUCCAGCGUGCUGUGGGGCCAGCCAGCCCCUCACAGCAGCAGGAGGGGAUGCCUGCUCCAUCCCUCUCCCCGACUUCCCUCGCCCAGCCCCAGUGCCCCACAGAUCUCAGCUCUCCAGGGGUCAGAGUCUAGGAAGAGGCUGCUGCCCCAUGGCAAGGUGCAUCGCUAGCCCUGGCCUCCAGCUGCUGGUGGGCUGCACAGGACCCAGCCAGGACCCUGCCGACUAGGGAGAGCCCCGAGGGCGGCUGUGACCUUGGCAGUGCUGGAGCCGGGCAGCCCCGGGCAGUUUUUUAACUGCUGUAAGGUGGGAGUGGGGAUGGGCAGUAUCCCUGGUGCACCCUGAGCUGUCAAUAAACCCCUGGCAUCCGCA